AGCUCCUCCGAUACACUUCGAAGCAAAAUGCAGUUCAAAGUAGCAAUUGUUGUGCUGGUGGCGCUAGUGUCCACGUGCUGUUGCCACAUCGGCGGUGGAUUUGCUCUACAAGAUACGGCUCCCCAGGUCUACUGCGGCAGAACUUUAGCGAGGGCUCUGGCGUUACUUUGCUUUGAUGAACCGAUGUCAGAGAAGCGGGACGGAGGAUCUAUGUAUAAUUCAAUCCUCCCACCUUACUACAAGGAGCAGGACAAUCCGCUAGGUUGGCCACUGGUAACUCCUCACAAGGCCCAUGGAUUAUCCCGGGGAAAACGACAAUUUGUCGUCAGUGAAUGCUGUGAUAAGCCUUGCAGUAUAAACGAACUCCUAUCUUAUUGUUAAAUACAAAAAUUUCGUGACCACUUAAACUUGCUUUGAGAUCAUCUUCUACGUUAGCUGGGAUGUAAAAGAUGAUUUUUUAUAUCUUGCUGAGAUUUUAGCUCAUUGUUAUGUGUAUUGCAUCACUUCCGUUUGAAACGGAACCUGGAUCUCAUUUAUCUUGACUUCAAAAAUCUUAUCUGAUCUUAAUUUUGUGGUCAUCUCCUAAAUCACUCUCAAUAUUGUCACCGGCAAGUUAGGUAUAAGAAAUCGUUGUAUUUAUAGUCAUAGUCUUAUUACUUGAAUAUUAACUAAAGCUGACGUGAAAAAUUAACGUAUUAUGCUUAUAUUUAGUAAAUGAUAUUAGUGGUCUCCUGUUUAUGUAAUAUGUAGCUUUGUAUGUAGUCUUAAUUUUUUUUAGAUAGAAGAUAAAUCGAGAAAAUUAUAGUAUUUCUAAGCAACAUUACAUCAUAAUUUUUUAAUUACAAAUUAAUGCCGUGAAUUUCAGAAUAAUGAAAAUCCUGCUUAAAAUUAUGGACCUAGUACUCACAACACAAAAAUACUAUGUAUCGUUUAUCGGCGAAAUCGGAGCCAGGAAAGGGACCGGAGACUCGAAGUUAUGAUUGCGAUUUAUAAAUAGCAUUGUGAAUUGAACACUUAUUUACUUGGUUCUUUUGUAUGUGCACAUCCACACGCACACAAAUGAAGUCAUUGAAAAUUGUCAAUGAUUUAUUAUUUUCUUAGGAUAAUUUUUUGAAAGCGUUUGUUAUUUUUCUUCAUAUGUUCAAUAAUGGUAACUGAUAAGCCAGCUUACUUGGUAUUUAAAAAAUAACGGUGUAUAUAACGAAUGGCCCUACUUAAAAUUCCCUAAAAGUGGGUUAUGUAAAAUCGCCGUUACUAUAUACAACAUGAAA